UGCAGUUUUCUUUUUGCGCGCACCACCAACCACAAGAGCAGAAGACGUGCACAUCUGCCACCACCUUCUUCUUGUGUUCUUGUGUGUUCAUUCACAUAACGACCUGCACCUGCGCCUCCUCUCAUGCUGGCCUGAUCUUCAUUGCAGUGGACCGUGAGAUCUUUGUUCCUUCGCUGCGACGGGCGAUGCCGCGCACUGGCGGGGUUGGCGGUGGCAGCAGCCAACCCCUGCAAGAACAAAGGCAUGCGCGCAUGUCGCUGCAGGUGGAGGACAACCCUCACCAUGGUGGCGGACAGCAGUUGCCCAAUGAACAGGCGGCCUCUGUUUCGCGGGUACGAUUCACCACGCCGCAGCCAACAAGCACAUCUGUGCACGCGCCACGCACAAGGGAUCGCACAUCAUCGUCGGUAACACAACACCUGAGCGGGCGAUCACCGUCAGAGGCUGCGAGCCCCAGCCCCAGGACAGCGGGCCGAAGCAGAGGCACAACUACGCCGAACUCAUCACUUGGUGCGACCUCGCCAACGCCGACAGCAGCAAAUGUGAGCGGAAAGAAGAAACGACAAACCCUGUCUGACUUCCGCGUGCCCUUCUCGUUCCCGGGGACGAACCUUCGCAAGCCAAAGCCGCACUCCCCAAUAACAACAUCCCCGCCAACAUCCGCGUCAACAUCAGCGACAACAACACCAUCCCGCACCCAGAGUUCUGUAACUGGACGCGGGUAUCGACCAACCGGUCACUCCCCAGCACGCCGCGACAUGGGAGCCGCCAUGUCACAGCAGGAGCAGCAGGGCGGCCACCACAACGACCAUCACCGCUUUGCGCAAGCGGACCCGCACCCACGCGGACCACACCGCCGGCCCAGCAGCGUCUCGCCUCCACCGGGGUCGCGGCACGGCCAAUACCGUAAUGAACACGCGCGCGGCUACGACGGCAGCAGCGGCAGCGGCCGUGCCGCGGUGGGUGCAACCCGUUCCUCUGCGAUGGUGGAGGAGGACGAGGACGAGGAGGGCAUGCCCCGGUCAAGGUCGCACGCCGACCUGGACGCAGUGCACCGCAAACGCAAGAAGAUGCUGCAACAGCUGGUGAACACGCCAGGCAACCUGUUGAACCGAUGGAAGCGGAAGGGCGACGCCAAGGACGGGGCCGAUGCGCCGUCGGCAGCCAGCGAUGUCGGCGAUGGUGAUGAUGGUGACGACGAGUGGCGCACGCACGAUGAGGAUGACAGCGAGAUGGGCGUGCGUGGCAGCCAGCAGCCCCAGCGCAGCGGCCGAAGCAGGACGAGGGGCCGGUCCAGCCACGCAACAAAGGCGCGGUACGACGAAGACGUGGACGCAGUUGUCAUCGACAGUCCCCACAGGAGUGGCAGUCGCUCGCGUUCACAGCAGGAGCAACGCCGGCUGGAGCGCACACGGCACCAGACCCUGCCAGGCAGCCGCGGUGCAAGCGAGCGGGGUGCGGCUGACGUGGAGCAAACGCAACGCGGUGGCAGCGCUGCUGGUGGCACUGACGGAGGACAUGAUGGCGGUGGUCGUGGCGGCAAGAAGAGCAAACACAGGCGCAGCAAGGGCAUUUCACGACUCAGCAUUGCACACGUGCGCCACUAUCGAAAGAAGGACGGCUCAAAGACCGGGUAUGACACGGACAGCGAAGGCUCUGGCUGGGAGGACCAGCGGGUGGCAGGAAAGGAGAAACGCGGCGGCGGUGGUGGUGGUGACAGUGGUCAACGUAACGAAGAUGAUGGUGAUAGUGAUGGUGAUAGUGAUGGUGACGAGUACGACGUGUCUGAGGAAGAGGAAGACGAUGAGGAUGAUGAGAGCUUCGAUGAUGAUGAUGAUGAUGAUGAUGAUGAUGACGAUGACGAUGAUGAUGAUUACGAUUAUGAUCUGGAUGCAUUGGAGGACAGCGAAAUGGCCGACAAACUUCGCAGCAUUCGCGUCGAAACCAACAAGCUCAAACAGGACAAGGAAGAGAAGCAGGAGAAACUCGUCAAGGUUGAGCGCGAAUGGGUGCAACUCAACCGCAACCCAGAUGCAACUCAGAAAGAGCUGAAGCAAAAGCACAAGCAGCUUGUUCGCUGCAAGAAACAAGUCUCCGAUCUCAACAGUCGACUGCACGAAGUGCGGGAGGAGCGACGGCGCGUCAUCGCCAACGAACCGAAACCAACAAAGAAACCGCUCUCGCGGAUCCUAAUGAAGCCCUUCAGCCGACUUCAUGAACACGCAACAAAGGACACCCCGAAGGGCUCAUCAUCGCCCUCCACGUCAUUGACAUCGACCACGCGGCGAAGUGGCAAGCCCUCGUCAACAGCAGCAGCGCUGGCAGCACCAGCAGCACCAGCAGCGGACGCGGCGUCAAGCAAGGGGUCCCGCUCCCCAUCCGUCUCAAGCACGAGCGACAAUGCAACCUCACGUGUGCCCUCCACCAGUGCGCUGGCAACAGCAGCAACAGGCGCAGGAACAGCAGGAACGGGAACGGGCGAUGCAGGGAGGCGUGGUGGCGGUGUUGCGCUGUCUGUGAGCGAGGAGGACUUUCCGUCCACUAGCCACGCCCACCGCCAACAGCGCGAGCUGUCCGUGUCACCAACGGUGAUGACGGGCGGAGCAGCACCCCGCGCCGUGGACUUGCUGCCGUCCCCAGGUAGCCGCCUCCGCCGCCACCAAUCGGCGUCACCGCGCCCACCGCAGUCCACCUCGUCUUCGUCAUCCACGUACGCAGACACAGCGCCACCAUCUGGCACAACGGCAACAGCACCGGCAACACCGCUGCCGCCCUCGGCUGCAGCGAGAGGCGCACACGUGCGCACGGCAGGGGCUGCCACGCCACCCCACACGCCUGCCAUCAGCAAGCCGACGCCGACGCUGUCAGGCCAGCAGGGAGCACAGGCAACCGCCCGCCCAACGCGAGUUAGUCGGAGCCACAACCGGUCAGCGUCACCCACGCAUGAUGACGGCUCGGGAGUAGCGGGCACGGCACUGCACGCUUCCACCUCUCUUCCGCACUCGUCGCCAUAUCGACGCGUGUCGACAUCGUUUCGCGGGCGGCAAGGUGGCGAUGGCGACGGCGGUGGUGCACGUCGCGGCAGCACACGCCCAACGCGAUCGCAAUCAGCACUGCACCGCCUGGCUGGCGGCCCCAGCAACAGCAGCACCAGCGGUGGCGCUGCUGCUGCUGGGGGUGGGGGUGGGGGUGGGGGUGAUGCGAAGGGUAGCCGUGAUGGCAAGGAUGGUGGCGGCAAGAAGGCCAUAUCGACAUACGUGUUUGACCGCGCGCGUACAUUUUUCACGGGUGGUGGUCGCCGUGGUGACAAUCAUGGUGAUGGCGAUGGUGAUGGCGAUGAAGGGCCCACGCAUGGUGGGAUGGGUGGUGGUGAGGAUGGUGGUGGUGGUGAGGAUGAGGACGGGAGGACAGGGCGACACAGACACCGGCAGAGGGGCAGCCGCGACGAUAUCUUGAUAGCGAAUGGCGGGGAUUACGAUGACAUUGAUGAUGAUGGUGGUGGUCGACAACUUGGUGCACACGGCCGCCGUCUUGAUGUUGGCGCGGAGGCAGCAGCGCGAUCCGUGUCGCCAAGCCGCUCUCUCACGCGCGACGACGCGCAUCCACGUCACGCCCACAUGACGCAAGACAUUGACACACGUGGAGAGCAGGAGCCGCAACAGAGUGGUGGACGCGACGUCCGACGACCCCGCCGCUCCAGCGCCGAUCCAUUCACGCCCUCAUCACGCCAUGCACAGCAGCAGCAACAGCAGCAACAACAACAACAGCAGCAGCAGCAGCAGCGGUGGCGAAUGGGUGAGCUGGUAGAGCAAGCGCAAUUCGAUCAGCAGCAGCAGCAGCAGUUGCGGCGGGGGCGAGUGGAGUCGUGGGUGGAGGGAAGUGAGCCUGCAUAUGGCGACUUUACAUAUGUCAAACCGUCCACAUCAUCGUCGACAUCGUCGACAACGGGCACGAGAGGCAGGCAGCGCACCGCAACCGAUGAUGGUGUGGAGGUGGUGGUGGAGCAAGAAGGAGAAGAUGCAGGGGUGCGCCCUCGAAAGGGUAGGGGCAGUGGUGGCACCGUGUUUGAGCCCGUGCACGGUCGUGGGUUUCGUGAUGGUGGCCGUGGUGAUGAUGGUUUGCAUGGCGGGCUGAGGCGACAACACCAGAAAGAGCCACACCGAUAUGUAAGUGAUGAUGAGGUGGUGCAACGACACCACCGCCAGGAGCAGCAGCAGCAGAGGGAUGGUGGCGGUGGGUUCGUGGGCGGUCGGCUUGCCCCUGUCAUGGAACAGCAGCAGCAGCAGCAGCAGCACGAUGGUGAUGAGUUGAAGGACCGCGGUGGUCGCGUGCAGGCAUCACAUGACACACUCAAGCCGCCAGCGAAGGAAAAGAAGAGACAUCGACUUCCCGCGAGUGUGAGCGCAGGCCUCAAAUGGACAUCACAGAGCAGCGGUGAAGUCAAAAGAGCCAUUCGCGAUCGCAUGACCUCCACGGGCAAGGCCCUAGGGUUUGGCCGCCGCAGCAAAACAGCGACGGAGCGGCAGCAGCAGCAGAUGCGCGCAGAGACCGCGUCCCCAGCAUCCUCCCUCGGCAGCGAAAAGGAUGUUGCGCUUGAGCAGCUGCAGUUGGAUGCGCAGUUUCUCCUUGGUCAGGUCGACGUGAUCGAGACAAAAAUUCAGCAACGGAACGAGGAUGUGCACAAGCUCGUGGUGUGCAUUCGCGAUCUCCAAUCCCACGUUGAGGAUCAGUUUCAGCUGCACAUGCCGGAGUUUGACCGCGUGGAGAAGCGCCUGGAAAAGUCCAGGAAGCAGCUCAAGCAGCACGUUGAUUCGCUGCACGACUCGCUCAAGGCAACCUUGGAUGAGAACGCCGAAACCCUCAAGCAGCUCAGCCAGCAGGUUAAACAGAUGAAAGACUCGACCGAUAAGUUCCUGACGUCCAUGCGCGAAUCGCAACAGCGCGUUGACGCAAUCCUCGAUGCAACGAAGCGGGAUGGUGGCGAUGGUGAUGGUGAUGGUGAUGGUGGUGAGGAGGCAAAGGCUGCUGCGGUGGCGCAGGUCCGCGUGCUCAUGUAUCUGCCACAGCCUUUGUUGCGACGACUUCCAGAGGCCUACCGCACCCCAGCAGCCGUCCUAAUUGUCGCGGUGGGCGUUGCGCUGUUGCUCUGGUGUUUCCGAUGGGUGCUGUCUCUCGUGUUUUAACCGAAACACACAUUGCUCUUGCGAACACACACCUCCACACACAUACAGAUACACACAUACACACGCACCCAUCCAUACUUUUUGUGGUGAUUUGCUUAUCAGUCCUUACAUGACAUGACUUACACAACGUAGACUCGAGGGUGUAAAGUAGACCGCUCAUCAAUUAAUCUGAUGGCAUGUUGUUGUGCUCAGCUGAUC